AUGGCAUCAUCGGGGAGAACCGACAAUGGGGAGGGACCAUCAUAUCAACCAAAUCGCUCGACUCCUAUGUCAACUCCAGCUAAGCGUUCGGAAUCUCCUGCAGCAGACGUUGGGUCAAGACAUGCCUCUAUUGCACGACUAGCUUCGCCAGUUCCUUCCCUAUCAACCUCAUAUUCAUCCAGACAAGUACCUAUACCAAACCAGUCUACGACAGGUAACGGACAGGAACUCCGCCGGGUGGAUAAUCCAGCCUCGCUACCAGGCCCAGGACAGUCUAUGAUCGCAUCUGCGCUUCAGGAAAGUCUUGGUCGCUCACCUCCGAGACUUGGAACUCCACCGAGACGAACCGACUCUCCCGCCUUACUGAAUCAGCCAGUGAGGUCAAAUUAUGGUUCAUUUGACAAUAAAAUAGGAAGGGAAGGCUCCAUAUAUUCAAGUGCGCCAUAUGAGGAUCCUGAGGUUGUGAAGAGACACCUCGUGCAACCGCAGAAUGCUGUCGAAUCCAAUAACUUCAGGGACAUGGCAAGCAACGCCGACGAUGAAUUCUCUAGCUUGCAAUUGCAGGGAGGAGACAUUACAAGACAGGUUUAUAGGUGGGCUGAGGAUGCCGAAGCCGGAAAUUCUGUUCGAAGACAUCUACGAAGUAAGAGUUUCAGUCUCAGUAGACCUACGCCGGAGGAGGAAACCAUGGACAUCAAUACCAUCCGGGUCCCAGGAGGUUUCAGAAGAGACUACAUACGAAGGACUGCAGGCAGUCCUCAUCCUGGAAGUACCGAUGGCCGCGCAGGAGCGUCAGCGACUUAUCAUCAGCUCCAUACCAGCAGCUUCCUGGAGUUUCUUACCCUGUACGGUCACUUCGCGGGAGAAGAGCUAGAAGAGGACGACGAGGUUCUAGGGCCCGAUGAGUAUUUCUCCUCAGAACCCUGGGACGAAGCAGAAGACAGAGAACCAGGGGAAGACUCGGCUUUGCUCCGACCAGAAACUCCUGGCCGAAGGAAGCGUAAACCAAAACCGCGCGGUGGAACGGGAACCAACACAACGACAGGAGCUGCUCUACUUCUACUCAAAUCGUUUGUCGGCACAGGUGUUCUCUUCUUGCCAAGGGCUUUCCUGAAUGGUGGGAUGUUAUUCAGCAGUUUGGUUUUGCUUGCUGUAUCCAUACUCAGCUUCUACUGCUUCAUCCUUCUGGUCAACACCCGCUUGAAGAUCGAAGGCUCCUUCGGUGACAUUGGUGGUGCUCUCUUUGGAAAACAUAUGCGCCGGAUCAUCCUCGGAUCUAUUGUUCUCAGUCAACUGGGAUUUGUCUCGGCAUACAUCGUCUUCACUGCUGAGAACCUCCAGGCAUUCGUCCUGGCUGUCAGCAAAUGCAAGUCGUUCAUCGACAUCAAGUUCAUGGUGCUGAUGCAAUUGGUCAUAUUUCUGCCUCUUUCGCUAAUUCGUGACAUUGGGAAGUUGGGUUUCACCGCACUUGUGGCAGAUGUGUUUAUUCUACUGGGCCUCAUAUAUAUCUAUUACUACGACGUUGCCACUAUCGUUUCGCAAGGUGGAGUUUCGGAUGUCAAGUCAUUCAACCCAUCCACAUGGACUCUUUUCAUUGGCACUGCCAUUUUCACCUACGAAGGGAUUGGUUUGAUUAUCCCGAUUCAGGAGUCAAUGAAGGAACCUCGUCGGUUCCCAGGCGUCCUUGCCGGUGUCAUGGUCCUCAUUACCAUUGUCUUCCUCUCUGCUGGUGCUCUCAGCUAUGCAGCCUAUGGCUCCGCGACGCAAACUGUGGUCCUUCUCAAUCUUCCUCAGGAUGAUAAAUUCGUGAAUGCGCACGCCCUACAACUAUUCCCCGCCAUUCGAAUCAUGGAAAAUGAACUUUUCACUCGCAGUGGCAAGUAUAACCCCGGGAUCAAGUGGAAGAAAAACUGCUUCCGCUUCUUUCUGGUCAUGAUUUGCGCGUUUGUUGCUUGGGGCGGAGCGGAUGACCUUGACAAAUUUGUCUCACUCGUCGGCAGCUUCGCCUGUGUUCCUUUGAUUUACGUAUACCCGCCGCUCCUUCAUCUCAGAGCUUGUGCGCAAUCAAGACGCCAGCAGAUCGCCGAUAUCGCUCUUUCCUGCUUUGGAGUCAUUUCCUGCAUAUAUACUACCUCAUUGACACUCCACAACUGGGUGAACUCUGACAACACCAAGCCUCCAGGAUACUGCGACUCGUGA